GGUUUCUGUUAUCAAUAGUGUGUGCUGUAUCAGCAACUAGGCAGCUGAUUAUUUCCUGUUUUCUAUCAGCAGGUAGCACUAAGCACACAUACACAUGCCAGUAGAUAUAUAAUCAAGAGGAAAUAAGUUUAAAGGCUUUUCCCCUCUACUUGUUUUAUCUUUUAAAAGAGUAAAAAAAUAAACCAGAAAAUUAUUUCUGUGUUUCAGGUUUCUAUUAGCAUAAUUCAAAGGCAGUUGGGGCAUAUCCUGCAGAGAAAUGGAUGUGCAGAGAUAGGACCCCAUCGGGAUUCUCUGAUGUCUCUACUUGGUUGGGUUUCGGAGGUCAUGUGGCCGUGGUCCUUGUUGAUCUCAGACAAUAUGCUUUGAAGGAGAUUAUGUUACAUGUUGAUUGUGCUUUUGUGAAGAAAGGCAUUAUUCUAAGCAGGUCUUUAAGAAAUACUGAAAAGAGCUUCAAAGAAAUAUAUCCAACCCUUGUUCACACAACAGUCACUGUAAUAAAUACGGAACAGUUUUUCAGGUUUGUUCUUAGGAAGUGAAUAACUAAUUGGAUAUAUAGUAAAUGGACGUUUUAUAAACUUGAAUCAUAGCUGGUGAAUAACUUAUAAAUCUGCUUUUCUUAAAGUUUUUCUGGAGAACCUUAAAGCUUGAAAAGUAAUUAUUAUAAGUUUGAGCAAAAACAGGUGGUUUAAGGAUUUGUAGCAACUCCAACAACGAGAUCCUACUGGACAUAAUACAUUUUAGAACUCUUUCCAUCACUUUCUUUAGGUCUUCUUAGCAUGAAAUAUAAUACUAAUGUAUUUAUCAUGCUAGUGAAAAUACCAGCUGACUUUAUUAUUUUUAUUUGUGUACUCAUGUACCAAUAGUAUCUGGCUUACAAGAAUAAUAACAAUCAACUUGGAUAGGUAAAUACUAAUGACAAUAGGUACUAGAGAAGCCUAAAAGAGGGACAAAAUUGAAAAGAAACUAAGAAUUAACAUAUUUAUUUUUACUAAGAUCUUACAUUAAACUAAUUGAAGCAAAUAGAGUUUCUAGGUUACCAUGAAAGAAAAAAGUCAGAAAGGACUGUUGUGAGUUAUAUGGAGGGCAGGUUAUACAUGUAUGUGCUGUGGGGUUCUGAGGCUGAAAGAAACAAGCCAGUCUCAAGCCUAUAAAGAAAGAAUAAUUAAACAACCAGAUAAGCAUUCUAAAAUGUUAUUUCGAGUUAUUACUAGAUUUAAAAAGAAAGAAGAAACUAUGUAACACCCUUAUAUCUUCCCCCUCAUAGAUGAAAAUAUGGCAGAUACUUUCUUAAAACAGUAUUAUUAUCAAAACCCGUUGUGUGUUUUGUUAAAUAAUUUUGAGCAACUAAACAGAUUUUUCUUGCUUCUAAAUAGAGGAAAUGUUUAACUCCCAUUGUAUUGCCACAAAGCCAGGCUGAUCACCCAGGGAGGCCUGGGAGGUCUGAGCAGCUUCGGAUUGGCUGCUGAGAGCAGGACUUUAACAUUUUACUGCACAUGGGCCAGACACAGCAGGGUUCACUUGCCAGGGCUUUUAUCUGCAGAAAUGUGCUGGGAUGGGCACUUUGUUUAAGAUUUUCCUUUUGCUACUGGAAGGAAAUGGAGAGCAGUAAGACAACUUCAUCUGUAAGAGCAAUGCUAGAAAGACCUUUGGUUUAAAGAAUUAAAAGGAAGAACACCUUCAGAUAAGAAGACCUGCAAAGUUCCCUGCAUGAAAAUUAUUCAAACACUGCACACAACAGUUUCACAAAAUCUUUUGUGAAAGAAGAAAAGGAAAUUCCGUUUGUGGGUCUCAGCAGGAGUUAAGCUAAUGCAGCUUAAAAUAAUGCCGAAAAAGAAGCGCUUAUCUGCAGGCAGAGUGCCCCUGAUUCUCUUCCUGUGCCAGAUGAUUAGUGCACUGGAAGUACCUCUUGAUCCAAAACUUCUUGAAGACUUGGUACAACCUCCAACCAUCACUCAACAAUCUCCAAAAGAUUACAUUAUUGACCCUCGGGAGAAUAUUGUAAUCCAGUGUGAGGCCAAAGGGAAACCUCCUCCAAGCUUUUCCUGGACCCGUAAUGGGACUCAUUUUGACAUAGAUAAAGACCCUCUUGUCACCAUGAAGCCAGGCUCAGGGACGCUCAUAAUCAACAUCAUGAGUGAGGGGAAAGCUGAGACGUACGAAGGAGUCUAUCAGUGCACAGCGAGGAAUGAACGUGGAGCUGCAAUUUCUAAUAACAUUGUCAUCCGCCCGUCCAGGUCACCAUUGUGGACCAAAGAAAAACUUGAACCAAUAAUACUUCGAAGUGGUCAAUCUUUAGUACUUCCCUGCAGACCCCCAGUUGGACUACCACCACCUAUAAUAUUUUGGAUGGAUAAUUCCUUUCAAAGACUUCCACAGAGUGAGAGGGUUUCUCAAGGUCUGAAUGGGGACCUUUAUUUUUCCAACGUCCUCCCAGAGGACACCCGGGAAGACUAUAUCUGCUAUGCCAGAUUUAAUCAUACUCAAACCAUACAGCAGAAGCAACCAAUUUCUGUAAAAGUGAUUUCAGUGGAUGAAUUGAAUGACACUAUAGCUGCUAAUUUGAGUGACACUGAGUUUUAUAGUGCUAAGUCAAGUAGAGAGAGGCCACCAACGUUUUUAACUCCAGAAGGCAAUGCAAGUAACAAAGAAGAAUUAAGAGGAAAUGUGCUUUCACUAGAGUGCAUUGCAGAAGGACUGCCUACCCCAGUUAUUUACUGGAUAAAAGAAGAUGGAAUACUACCCAUCAACCGGACAUUUUAUAAGAACUUUAAGAAAACUUUGCAGAUCAUUCAUGUUUCAGAAGCAGACUCUGGAAAUUACCAGUGUAUCGCAAAAAAUGCUUUAGGAGCCAUCCAUCAUACCAUUUCUGUUACAGUUAAAGCGGCUCCAUACUGGAUCAUGGCACCUCAAAAUCUUGUGCUGUCACCAGGAGAGGAUGGGACCCUGAUCUGCAGAGCUAAUGGCAAACCCAAACCCAGAAUUAGCUGGUUAACGAAUGGAGUCCCAGUAGAAAUUGCCCCUGAUGACCCCAGCAGGAAAAUUGAUGGUGAUACCAUCAUUUUUUCAAAUGUUCAAGAAAGAUCAAGUGCAGUAUAUCAGUGCAAUGCCUCUAAUGAAUAUGGAUAUUUACUGGCAAAUGCAUUUGUCAACGUGCUGGCUGAGCCACCACGAAUCCUCACAACUGCAAAUACACUCUACCAGGUCAUUGCAAACAGGCCUGCUUUACUAGACUGUGCCUUCUUUGGGUCUCCUCUCCCGACCAUAGAGUGGUUUAAAGGAGCUAAAGGAAGUGCUCUUCAUGAAGAUAUUUAUGUUUUACAUGAAAAUGGAACUUUGGAAAUUCCUGUGGCCCAAAAGGACAGCACAGGAACUUAUACGUGUGUUGCAAGGAAUAAAUUAGGAAUGGCAAAGAAUGAAGUUCACUUAGAAAUCAAAGAUCCAACAAGGAUCAUUAAACAGCCUGAAUAUGCAGUUGUGCAAAGAGGGAGCACAGUGUCCUUUGAAUGCAAAGUGAAACACGAUCACACUUUAAUACCCACUGUCAUAUGGCUGAAGGACAACAGUGAGCUGCCCAGUGAUGAAAGGUUGACUAUCGACAAGGAUCAGUUGGUGAUAGCAGAUGUCAGUGACGAUGACAGUGGGACCUACACGUGUGUGGCCAACACCACUCUGGACAACGUUUCUGCCAGUGCUGUGCUUAGCGUUGUUGCUCCUACUCCAACUCCAGCUCCUGUUUACGAUGUCCCAAAUCCUCCCUUUGAUUUAGAAUUGACAAAUCCACUCGACAAAAGUGUUCAGCUGUCAUGGACCCCAGGCGAUGACAACAACAGUCCUAUUACAAAGUUCAUCAUUGAAUAUGAAGAUACGAUGCAUGAGGCAGGGCUGUGGCACCACCACACUGAGGUUUCUGGAACGCAGACCACGGCCCAGCUGAAGCUGUCUCCUUACGUGAACUACUCCUUCCGAGUGAUGGCCGAGAACAGCAUCGGGAGGAGCUCGCCCAGCGAGGCGUCUGAGCAGUAUUUGACGAAAGCCGCAGAACCAGAUAAAAACCCCACGGCUGUGGAAGGACUAGGAUCAGAGCCUGAUAAUUUGGUGAUUACGUGGAAGCCCUUGAAUGGCUUUGAAUCUAACGGGCCAGGCCUUCAGUACAAAGUAAGCUGGCGUCAGAAAGAUGGUGACGACGAGUGGACAUCUGUGGUUGUGGCGAACGUGUCCAAGUACAUUGUCUCAGGCACGCCAACCUUUGUCCCGUACCUGAUCAAAGUCCAGGCCCUAAAUGACGUGGGGUUUGCCCCUGAGCCAGCUGUCGUCAUGGGACAUUCUGGAGAAGACCUGCCAAUGGUGGCUCCUGGGAAUGUGCGAGUGACUGUGGUGAACAGCACCUUAGCCGAGGUGCACUGGGACCCGGUACCUCUGAAAAGUAUCCGAGGACACCUGCAAGGCUAUCGGAUUUACUACUGGAAGGCACAAAAUUCAUCUAAAAGAAAGAGACGUCACAUUGAGAAAAAGAUCCUUACCUUCCAAGGCAGCAAGACUCACGGCAUGUUGCCUGGGCUGGAGCCCUUUAGCCACUACACGCUGAAUGUCCGAGUGGUCAAUGGGAAGGGGGAGGGCCCAGCCAGCUCUGACCAAGUCUUUAAUACUCCAGAAGGAGUUCCCAGUGCUCCUUCAUCUCUGAAGAUUGUUAAUCCUACGCUGGACUCCCUCACUUUGGAAUGGGAUCCACCGAGCCACCCGAAUGGCAUUUUGACUGAGUACACCCUAAAAUAUCAACCAAUUAACAGUACACAUGAAUUAGGACCUCUGGUAGAUUUAAAAAUUCCUGCCAACAAGACACGCUGGACUUUAAAAAAUUUAAAUUUCAGCACUCGGUAUAAGUUUUAUUUCUAUGCACAAACAUCAGCAGGAUCAGGAAGUCAAAUUACAGAGGAAGCAGUAACAACUGUGGAUGAAGGUAAGAUGGCUGGUAUUCUUCCACCUGAUGUAGGUGCAGGCAAAGUUCAAGCAGUAAGUCCCAGGAUCAGCAAUCUUACUGCCGCAGCUGCGGAGACCUAUGCCAAUAUCAGUUGGGAGUAUGAGGGACCAGAGCAUGUGAACUUUUAUGUUGAAUAUGGUGUAGCAGGCAGCAAAGAAGAAUGGAGAAAAGAAAUUGUAAAUGGUUCUCGGAGCUUCUUUGGGUUAAAGGGUCUAAUGCCAGGAACAGCAUACAAAGUUCGAGUUGGUGCUGAGGGGGACUCUGGUUUUGUGAGUUCAGAGGAUGUGUUUGAGACAGGCCCAGCCAUGGCAAGCCGUCAGGUGGACAUUGCGACUCAGGGCUGGUUCAUUGGUCUCAUGUGUGCUGUUGCUCUCCUUAUCUUGAUUUUGCUGAUUGUUUGCUUUAUCAGAAGAAACAAGGGUGGUAAAUAUCCAGUUAAAGAAAAGGAAGAUGCCCGUGCCGAUCCUGAGAUCCAGCCUAUGAAGGAAGAUGAUGGAACUUUUGGAGAAUACAGGUCUCUUGAAAGUGAUGCAGAAGACCACAAGCCUUUGAAAAAAGGAAGUAGAACUCCUUCAGACAGGACUGUGAAAAAAGAAGAUAGUGAUGACAGCCUAGUUGACUAUGGAGAAGGGGUUAAUGGCCAGUUCAAUGAGGAUGGCUCCUUUAUUGGACAAUACAGUGGUAAGAAAGAGAAAGAACCGGCUGAAGGAAAUGAAAGCUCAGAGGCACCUUCUCCUGUCAACGCCAUGAAUUCCUUUGUUUAAUUUUUGAGCUCUUUGCCAAUAUCCCAUUUCUCUAGAAUGUUUAUCUUAAGCACUUGGUUGUCAGUCCUCUCAUACUAUGAACAUAUGGGGAGAGAGUAUAUAUUUCUGCUAUAUGUUAAUAUUAUGAGAACAGUCAGAGCAAAAACAUAACCCAGUCAGAUGAUAUGUUAAUGUGAACUGGAGUGCAAAAUGCAACCUUUUCCAUUCAAGAUGGGUAUUUUGAUUUCCUCAGAACUGAUAAAAAAAAUCCUUCAAUAUCAACAACAGAUCAUGCUACUUCCUCUUCAGGAUGCAGUUCAAUAUGAUGCAUGAAAAAUGCUACACAUUUAAAGGACAUACCUAUGUAUGUUAUAAAAACAUGGUUUGAUACUUUGUUUAUACUAUCCUCAGCUGAACCCCUGAAUAUGAAUUCCGUUUUCAUUGUCAAGAGUGUUACUGUAGUAUUCUCUAGAACUUCAAUGUCUUUGUGGACAUUGUUGUGAAAUUGGUGACUCUAUGUCUAGCUGUCGUUAGUCUUUUUGGGAGACUGUUAGGAACAGUAUGUACAGUAUAUACUUGCUACAUGAGUUAAUUAUGACAGUCGCAUUUGCUGAUGCUUACUGAGACUCUGUUACCUGCUCUUGGCUCCUGUUACUUCAUAGGCUCCUUAAUCUUCCAGGUAUUACAGCAGCACAGUGUUCUACUUCACAUCACUUCUAUGUUCAGUUGUUUUUAGGCAUAAACAAUGUGCAUUGCAAUGCAUUUCGGCGCGUGUGCCAUACUGAAAGAAUCGAAAACAAAUCACUCAGAUGAAGUUUCAAAAAUUAUUCCAGAGAACACAGGGCAAGACACAUGCAGUGCCUUCAGACGAGAAGCAUUCCAUAACACACUGCACUCUCUAUCAGCUGGCACAGGCAAUUCCAAGUCCCAGAUCACUGUCAUUGUCUAAAAGUAACUUUCAAAAAGCAGAGUUAAUGAAAACUGCCGUGCUGAGAAGAAAGGAAAUGUGGAAAUAAAAAUCAUGAGACAGUUUAUUUUAAAGAGCAUUUCCUUGUACAUAUAAAAGAAAAUCUUUGUCACCAACCGGAGCACAAAAUGAUUUUUUGUGGUCCUUUUUGCUUUCUGUUACAUUUAGUAAGAAAGAUGUCAACAUGCUAGAAAAUUAAUCAACAAACCAAACAAAUGAUUUCAAAACUAAAAGCAUGCAACAGCAUGUCAACAGGCAUACAUCAUUCUCUCAGACUUUACCUAUGUGAGCUUUCAAAACUCUCUGCAGCAUUAAGCAAGGUGUAUGUACACAAAUUGCUACAGAUACAUUUCAGACUGUAAGAAAUAUAACAAGUGCUUAACAGGCCAAUAGUCAAAGGGAUUACAUCUGCAAUUUUAAAAAUAAAUAUAUAUAUAUUCUAUCAUAUUCAUAAACAAUAUCUAUCAAAUGAUGGUUUACCUCCAAAUAUGAAAAUCUAUAACAACCUAUGGUUGAAGGGAUGCUCAGUUUCAUUUGCCAAUAAAUUGGUUUCUCAUAACUUGCAUCAAGUUUAAUUUUAAGUAAAGCUUUUUAUAUGUAGAUAUUUUGUUGAAUUUGUAAAUACACUUAAAGUGUAGAUGCUAUAUGCUUAUAGGAGUUACAUACAAAUAAACAUGCAAACAAUGUUUAUGUUGUACUGUAUAAGAAGUAAGCUAAUUAAUACAGUGCAUGGGAUUGGAAAGUAUCUACUUUUGGGUUUUUUCCCCCCUUUUUGCUGUGAAACUGAAAUAGUGGACUUUUCUACAUAUUGACAGCAGGUUUCUAGAUGAAAUCCUCAGAGCUUUGCCUAUGCAGCACAGUAGGCCUUGUCAUCUGUCAACUUUGACAUAUGUAGGUAAAGCAUAGUUUGAAGUAAUCCCAGGUAAAGAUGGCCCUAAAAACUUUCAUGUCUCUAUAUUCACUUUUCACAGAUCAUCCUGUCUAUUGGAAAUAUAAAAAGACAAAACAGGCUUGCCUUGGCAUCAGAGAGCACAAAGAUAAAAGUUACUUUAAAUUUGCCAAUGUUUGGGGAAAACAAUAAAAACACAGUUUUUCCCUCUUCCAUUCCGGUAGAUGCUAAAUUUGUCUGUGCAUGAAGGGGUCACUUCUGUAAUAGUGCAACAGAUUUUGUAUUAAAAAUUAAAUGUGGUUUUAAAAGUCCCUCUCUCUUUUGUAAUUUAUCAUGUUCCUAGUGGAGUGUGAAUGUCCAAGUAAUGGUAUAUGUAACAGUUCAGGCAACUGUGAUUGGAUUUCCGUCAAAAGAGUAACUAUUAAACAGUCUUGAUCUCUU